CGCGACAGCCCCCGCUCUUCCCUUUUCAGCGGCUGACGUGAGGCGGCCUCCCGCCCGCUCCCGCCCAGCGCCCUUUCCCGCCUCGCGCCGGCGCGGCCGCCCGCGGGCGCCAUCUUGGGUGCGGCAGAGCGGGCUGCUCGCCCUGUCAGGGGGAGAGCGGCCGAGGCAGGGGGGGCUCCCUGCUUCGGAUGUUUGCUCAAGUUUCGUUUCAAGCUGCUCAGGCCACCGAGGAGGGCUGGAGAAGGGGCGGUUUGUCACGCUGAAGGUGGAGGGGUAGUGCUCAGGCGCCCCUGAGGGGAGACCUCUUCAGGCAAAGGGCAAAGUCCGGGCCGCUUUCCCUGCUCAGCCCCUGUGAGCUGCUGGGGUGGGAGCCCGCGCGGAUCGUGCCCACCCGCGGCUCUGGGGGCAGGUGCCCCCUCGGAGGCAGGAAGGAGCGGUGUGAGGCUUAGCGUGGCGGCUGUUGUGGGGAAGGUGGAAGCAAUCCCCUCCAGCCGCGGGCAUGGCGGGCAGCGAGGCGGCAGGCGGGCCUGCUGCGGCCUGCGUGCUGGGCAUAGACCUGGGCACCACCUCGGUUAAAGUGGCCCUGUUGGAAGGGGCAGAGCGAGGGCAGGUGCGGGCAGAGACCUGCUCCAGGGAGACACAGGCACGCACCAGUAGCCUGGAAGCUGGACCGCAGGGAAUGGAGCAGAAUGUCCAGAGAAUAAUAAGAGCACUGAAUGAAUGCCUUGCUGCUCUACCUCAGCAGCAGCUUCAAAGAGUCAGUCACAUUGGCAUUUCAGGACAAAUGCAUGGGAUUGUGUUUUGGAAAAAAGAUAAAGGUUGCAGGUGGACAGAAGGUGGAACGGGCCCUUCCUUUGAGCCAGAGGAGGUCAGUCAUCUGGUUACUUGGCAAGAUGGUCGCUGCAGUCCCACCUUCCUCUCUUCUCUUCCUCUGCCACAGUCACAUAUCAGCUUGGCUACAGGAUUUGGGUGUGCCACAGUCUACUGGUAUUUAAAGAAGAGUCCAGAUUUUCUGAAGUCUUAUGAUGCAGCUGGCACUAUCCAUGACUAUGUGGUUGCCAUGUUGUGUGACCUGAAGAAGCCACUCAUGUCUGUCCAGAAUGCUGCCAGCUGGGGAUAUUUUAAUUGCAGAAACAAAAGCUGGAAUACUGACAUAUUGAAAAAAUCCGGCUUUCCCGUUCACUUGCUUCCAGAGGUGGGAGACCCUGGCACCAUUGCAGGCAGGACAAUCUGUGCAUGGCACGGAAUACCCAAAGGAGCAAAAGUAGGAAUUGCUCUGGGAGAUUUCCAGUGCUCUGUUUAUUCCUGUCUGACUGAGAGGACUGAUGCAGUUCUUAAUAUCAGUACCUCUGCUCAGCUGACUAUCUCAAUGCCCCUGGGUUUCCAGCCUCCAGAGACGCCAGAUUCUUCCUCACCUGUUAGUUAUUUUCCCUACUUCAAUGGUGACUACUUGGCAGUGGCAGCAUCCCUUAAUGGGGGCAAUGUGCUAGCAACGUUUGUGGACAUGGUGGCACGGUGGACAGAAGAGCUAGGAGUUCAGGUUCAGGAGUCUGCCAUCUAUACAAAGAUCAUCAAAGCAGCCUUGGCCCAACACAACAGCAAGCUCUCCAUCCACCCAGCCAUAUUUGGAGAGAGACACACCCCUGAGCAGUUGGCAGCAGUGACCAACAUUGCUGCCUCUGACCUCUCCCUGGGUCACGUCACCAGAGCUCUGUGCCGCGGCAUCGUGGAAAACCUCUGCUCCAUGUUCCCUGUGCAGCACCUGCUGGAGCUGGGAGUGAGGAGGAUCCUGGGCAGUGGCAGUGCCCUCACCAGGAACGAGGUGCUGCGCCAGGAAGUGGAAAGGAUUUUUCCAUUCCCUGCUGUUUAUGGGAAGGAUGUGGAUGCUGCUGUGGGGGCUGCCAUGGUGAUGUUCCACAGAAAAUAAAGGGAUUGUUUGAAA